GACGUUAUCGUUCCCCAGCUCGCCGUAGGGAUUCUAUUUCGCCUCGCCAAAAAUCUCCCCGGAGCCCGGGUUCCCCUCCAAGAAAAAGGGGAAGAAUCAAUUCCCCUCCGAGUCGAGGCUCAGGUAGACCUUUCUCUCCCCCAACGGCGCCGAGCAGACAACGCUCUCGUACACCAGUUCGCGAAUCCGUCCAAGCAUCACCGAGGAGUCAGAACAGUCGCCCCGCAAGCAAACGUUUUGGUUCUUCCCCCGUACUACCUGGGGAGGCUCAGAGCAAAGAGAGGGUUUCACCGGCCCCCCCAUCUCGUCCUCGUUCCCCUCCUCCAAGAGCUAUGUCUCCCCCUCGUGGGCCUCGUGCCGGUGUUUCCCCUCGUCGCCCUUCGGAACCACCGACUGGACCGGCAAACCAGACCGAGAGACAAUAUGUUCCCAAUGGUGGUGGUGGAUACGGAGGCCCUCCUCCCCGCGGACCCGCUGGGGGUUCUCGCCCAAUUCCUCCCCGUGGACCAAGCUCCUUCCGUCCCAAUCGUCCGAUGAAUAACGAGCCACCGCAACCAAAUUCGGGUCCCCGUCACCAGUCCAGCCAGUCACCAUCUUACCAUUCACCACGCCCACCUCCGACUAAUCCCCCAACUCAACCUCGGGGGCCCGUUGGUGGCCCCCCUCCGAGCGGCCCUCGUAGAAUGUCGACUGCACCAUCCCGUAGUGGAUCCACGCCUCCCGCAGCAACUGUCCCACUGAACAGCCAACCGGUUGCACCUCCUGUGGGCGGCAUCCCGACAGGCCCUCGAGCCGGGAAUUUUCCCUACCGGAGUAGCAUUCCACCGACUCAUCAUGUCGUUCACCACCACCCUCCGGCCCUGCGCGCACCACCUGGCCCCGGCACUCUUAUUCCUGGUGGUCGUCUUCUCCCCCCUGUCGAUAAAGCUGCAGAUGAUCGCCUCGGCCGCCUACAACUUGACCUAGCAAAGCUAGAUGAGGAGGACAAGACCACCCAAGAACGAAAACGUAAGUCGUUUUACGGUUGGGAGAAAGCGCAUCGCGAGUCAGAGAGAGAAGCAUACAAAGUUGAACUAGCUGAGAAACAAUUGAUCAACGGAGCAUUGAUGGAUUGAAACGAGUAAAGUGGGAUGAUUCGCUAUGUUUGUCUAUUCAAUUUAUCACUGGUUCCUUGAUGCUCUCCCUUUUUUUGUAUCUUUGAAUUACCCUUCUUAUAAGUUACUCGCUUUGUCUGCGUUACCUAUCCUCUAAUAAUUCCGGGCCAUAACCCGUACCCCUUCCCCCAACUUCUUUUUAACACUUUUUCCUUCCCCUUGCCCCCUUACUCCCAGUCUUUUUUCUUCUUUUUUUAUUCAGCAAAAUGGGAUGAUGGAUGGGUUUAUCGCUUUAGUUUUGUGUGCAAGUUUUUUUCAUUUUUUUUAUUUCACUUUACCGGUAGUCUUGUUUCUGUUUCUCAUAAACCCUUAUUCUCCGGGGAAAUGACUAGCUAGGAGGGAACUGGAUAACAUACGUACGAUAAUAGAGCGGUGGCCAGGAUCGCGUCCCGCCAUUUAGUAUCUGAUAUGCCGGCAAACCGUCUCAUGUGAUAAAUACUCUACGAGUAGAGCUGACAGUUGGGUGCCGUGAAAUAUUGGGUCGCUGUUUUCUUUUUUCUUUUUUUUUUCUUUCGAAUUUGAUUUGAGGCUUAUCUAAUCACCAUUCCAAAU